AAAGCCUAUUCACAACCCCAAGUCCUUGCUAUUUACCUCCUGAUUUGGAAGCUGGACUGUCUCCUUUGGCGACGAUGAAGCGACCUUGCGAGGACACUACCUCAGAUAGCGACAUGGACGAGACUAUAGACGUGGGGAGCGAAAAUAAUUAUUCUGGGCCUAAUGCCAGUUCUGUGAUCCGGUCAAAUUCUCCUACCACCACAUCUCAGAUUAUGGCCAGGAAAAAAAGAAGAGGGAUUAUAGAGAAAAGGCGCCGUGAUCGUAUAAAUAACAGCUUAUCCGAACUGAGGCGACUUGUACCAACUGCUUUUGAAAAACAAGGAUCUGCCAAAUUAGAAAAAGCAGAAAUCCUGCAAAUGACGGUGGAUCAUUUGAAGAUGCUCCAGGCAACAGGAGGGAAAGGUUAUUUUGAUGCUCAUGCUUUGGCCAUGGAUUUCAUUAGCAUUGGGUUUCGAGAAUGUUUAACCGAAGUUGCAAGAUACCUGAGUUCUGUGGAAGGUCUGGACACGGCAGACCCCCUACGAGUCCGACUAGUUUCCCAUCUCAGCUCGUGUGCUUCUCAGAGGGAAGCCGCUGCCAUGACCUCUUCCAUGGCGCAUCAUCACCAUCCACUGCACCCUCAUCAUUGGGCAGCUGCUUUCCAUCAUCUCCCUACGGCUUUAUUGCAGCAGAAUGGAUUACAUCCCUCUGACGUCUCCCCCUGCAGACUCUCCACAGCCUCAGAAGUGCCUUCCCAUGGCUCAGCUCUUCUCACCGCCACUUUUGCCCAUGCCGAUUCCACCCUCCGAGUGCCCUCAGCGGGCAGCGUCGCUCCUUGUGUCCCACCACUUUCUACCUCUCUCCUCUCGCUUUCUGCCACAGUGCAUGCUGCGGCAGCGGCAGCAGCUCACAGUUUCCCUCUGUCUUUCGCUGGAGCAUUCCCAAUGCUCCCCCCGAGUGCUGCAGCGGCCGUGGCAGCUGCUACAGCUAUUAGCCCUCCUUUAUCUGUUUCGGCAACUGCUAACUCUCAACAACCCGGCAAUAAUGGAAACACUAAACCCUACCGACCUUGGGGUACUGAAGUUGGAGCUUUCUAGAUUUUCCCUUCUUCUGCAGUUAGAACAGAAAGCUCUUGCACAAAGCUUAGAUGACGAACAGCUCAAGGAGCCAGACGGAUGCUCAAGGCACAAUAGAGAAAGAGCGAGCAAAAUCUGCCAUAAGAAUCGUCAGAAUGGAGGUUUUAUUCUACUUUGCUUGAAUCAGACCUCAUACUGGAUGACAGUGGUCUUCAAAUGAUAUCCUGUGUCACCAUUAAUGUUCUUGCUAUGCAUUUUUAUUUGCCAAGGAAGUGGUGGAAUAUACUUCACAAAAUCUUCCUGAAAAACAAACGCUGUCCUAAAUGCUUAAGUGCUUGCCCUGUUCUGAAUAAUCAAUGUGUUUAUAUGUGUUUCUUUGCAUUCACCAUCCCCCCCAAGCUAAACCACCAGGCAAGCAUAAAAAAUGAAGCCGGAGAAGAAACAAUAGAAUUUGGAAUUGGAUAAUAAGAUCCAGAAUAGGGAUACAAUUUCUGAAUAAAUACUUCUGCGCAUAGUAAGGUUGCAGUCCUUUAGCAUCAGUGGGACUCCACCAAACUAAGUGUAUGCAGAGUUGAAUUUUAAGAAGCUGAGAUUGUAUAUACUUAAUCUCAUUUAGUUUAUCUUCAUUGUGCGGAUCUAUCAAAUGUCUACAAUGUAAUCUUGAUAAAAGCACUAAACUUUCAGUGUGGUUUAAGAAAUUACAAGCCUCCCGGCACUUUCUGUAAAACUAUUGGUGUCAAAUUAUGCCUAAGUGUGCAUAAGUUGACUACCAGUUCUAUACUGAUGCAUUCUGAUAGAGUCACAGCUGAUAUGUUUGGUUCAUUUUUGCAAGCUGGGAAACAGCUUCCUUUAGAGUCUUUUUUUUUUUUUUGUCACAGAAAGAGGUAUAAUUAAAUAGCUACAAUACUUUACCCUUUGGCCAUUUUCUUUUCUUCCAUUCAAUCAUAUCUGAUUGAAAACUGGCUUUCAUUAGAGCUCAGUUUGGUUCUCUUUGGCCAUACGUACCCGAAAAAUUAGGGCAAUUGCAUUCCAGGAGAUCUGGAAGGAGCUAGACCACCAAAGUAGUAGCCUUGUAGUAGCAGCAACGUGAACCUUUGGGUUACUUUCUGUUGCUGCCAUUUGGUUUCCUGUUUUUUCUUUUUUUGUACGGGUUCAAUUCCCAAUCCAGAAAAUGUUAAG